GACUGUCAAUAGUGGCAGUAGUUGGGGGCUCCCAUCUAUUAAAAAGCCACAAAAAGUCUUUUCAUACUGCCUGAGGAAUUAAUCCCUUACUUAACGUUCAUAAUUGCUGGAUCGAUUUAACAGGAUUGGAGUUAACAUUUGCUUGGAUUUGGCACCAUUGAUAGGGAACUGCCUGCUGCGUCCUCCGCUUUGAAGUCACCCUGGUCUUUGGGCCUCCAGCACCUUCUUCAGCAUGUCCAACCCAUCUAAGAGGUGUAUGAUACUGGCGUUCCACUGGGUUAGGAAGAAGCCCCUGACAGAGAAGCCGUGCUCUACCAUCUCGGCCAGACCUUCUGCCUCUGCACCGGCUUGCAACACUCCUCACAUUUCACCCUACUUCACGAGGAGCAAGACACAACCCGCUCCGCUCAGGAGGUCCAGCAGGCGCAAGGUGCUGCGAUUGCCAAAUCUCACCGACCCCAAGUUUUUAAGAUCUGUCAUUGGCAGCGUUGGCCGGAAGAGAGCCCGCAGGCGUGGCAAGCAAAAGAAGACUCCAGCGGGAACAGGAAAAGGGGUGAGGGCUAGGCUAGAGGCAAGAAGGCUCCAAAGCUAUUUGCGGGGUGGGAUUGCUUUGGAAGAUGCCUUCUCACAAUCUCUACCCUUGAACCACGGAAGGACAUAAGAAGUGCCUGCCGGAUGAGGCCACAUUGGCCUGUCUAGUCCAGCAUCCUGUUCUCACAGAGGCCUGUGGAAACAAGAGCAUUCUGUAUUCCCUUCCUGCAUCUUCCAGCAACUACUAUUCACAAACGUUACUGCCACUGACUGUGGAGGUAGAGCAUAGCCAUCGUGCCUAGUGGCCAUUGAUAGCCUUUCCUGCAUCCAAGUUGGUGGCCGUCACAGCUUUCUGUGGGAUUGAGCUUCCAGAGGGGUAGCUGAGCAUGUCUGCUGCAGGAAAAACAGGCAUUAAAAGCACAUUUCUCCCAAAGAAUCCUGGGAAUUGCCGUUUGUAAAGGGUGCUACAAAUUGUAGCUAUGCGGUAGAAGGGUAAUCUACAGUUCCCAGGAUUCUUACAGGGGAGAAGCGAUAAUGCUUUUAAUGUAUGGUGUGUACACAUUCUCAAAUUAGCUCCACCAGCUCUGUAAUACUAGAGCAAAGAUUAUAAUGCAUAUUGUUGUUGUUGUACUUUUAUAAAUAUUAUAAAACCCAUUAUUAUAAAAAUCUGGAUUUAUACUGUUUGCAGGGAUUAAAUAGGGAAACAAAGUCCAAAAUCAUGUGGCAGGGACUCCAGUUUACUGUUAAAACAUGAAAUUGUGCUGAUGUGUAUACAGUACAGGCCGACGCUUACCCGUGGGUGGUAUCUAGGAUUUGUAAUUUAUGCUCAGAGGCAAAUCCUAUAAAUGAAGUAUGAAGCAGCAGAGGGUGCAUGGGGGCGUUAAUUACUGUAUUUUUUGCUCUAUAAGACGCACCAGACCAUAAGAUGCACCUAGUUUUUGGAGGAGGAAAACAAGGGGAAAAAAUCUGAAUCCCAGAAGCCAGAACAGCAAGAGGGAUCGCUGCGCAGCGAAAGCAGCGAUCCCUCUUGCUGUUCUGGCUUCUGGGAUAGCUGCGCAGCCUGUAUUCGCUCCAUAAGGCACACACACAUUUCCCCUUACUUUUUAGGAGGGAAAAAGUGAGUCUUAUAGAGCAAAAAAUAUGGUAAUUCUGCAAUAGCAUUAGCCAUUAAGACAACCCACUGGAUUGUGCUAUCGUAACUUACGCUCAGUACUACUUUUAUUGUAUUUUGUUGUAUUGUGUUGGAAGUUUGCCUUUCUUUUUUCCCCUUGAAGGACAGGGCAUUAACUGUUUUAAACAAUAAAUCAAGCAGACAGAGCACGGUGUAACAUUGGCCCUGCCCCAUGUUGUUUAACUACAACUCUCAUCAGCCUCAGCAAAUACGGCUAAUGGACAGGAAUGCUGGGAGUUGUGGUUCAGUAAUAUUGGAAAGCCUAAGGUUUCCCCAGCCCUGCUCUGAUGUCUUUCUUUUAGAUUUAUGAUUCGACUAAGCUAAUUCCCUUUCGCAAUGCCAACCGGAUGGUGAGGUAAAGCCAAAACACAAUAUUCACCGAGGAUGGGAUAGCUGGAUGCAAAGGACAGCAGGGCUGCUGCUGCUGCUGCGCUGCACCUUGGGGUAUUUCAGCAUGUUCAAGGUUGCACGCUAAGUUGAAUUUCUCUCUUCUGCACAAUUAUUAAAGGUCCAGGAGUUCGAUCCUCCUUUUCAUCUGGCCACCUCCCUGAGCUAGAGGGACUAAUGGUCUGACUCAACAUAAGGUAGCUUCCAAUUUUCCUUUGGGAUGAAGUGGGACAUAAAUUUUAUUAAUGAAUGAAUGAAUGGCUAUUAACCCAUUAUGGCUUCACAUUGGCUUCCAAAAGACAGCUAGUUGUUUGUUUGUUUGUUUGUUUGGGGGGGGGGAAUCCCAGUACUUCCAACAAAUAAUUAGGCUUGGGUUCCAUUGAGUAUCAAGGAAUAGGGAAUAAAGCUGUACCUAAAAAUCGGAGUUAUCCUUCCUAACCUGAACUGGUGUAAACUGUCUCAGGGUCUACCACUGCCUGGAACUGCUAUCACUGAUGGCAACUCUAGUGCAAAUACAAAGCUCAGUCCAGAUCCCUUGGACAAGAGGAGGUGGUGGUAAUGGCUGGGAUCUGUGGAUGGCUCCGGCAUCUUCCAGGAAUCCAUUUGUAUGUAGCCGAAAAUAAUCUUGUGGAUUAGAUACUGGACCAGUGGACCAGUUAUGUUACUGCAUUUGUUAAUUGUAUAUCUGACUUUAUUGCUCAAUUCACUCUUUUUACAUGGUUUCGUUGCAUUUUAUGACCUCUCUGUUAUUUACUGUACAUGCAUUCCCACCCCCUUAUGCGGGGGUUAUAUUCCAGGCCCCCGCACACAGAAGCAAAGACUGCAUAAAUUGGGAGCCCCCUCUAAACACUCUUUGAACACCCUCUCUACUGCUCUCUCUCCAAUCCAGUCCAAAAAUACUGUAUUCAAAAUAUGCACACCAAGAAUUGAAGCCCUGAGGAUGGCUUGAGGCUGGAGGAUGUGCAGAAAUGUGGCUGAUGCUGCUGAUGUGACUCUGUGCACAUCAGCUGGUAGGCGGGGAGGCUGAGCAGCCUAAACAAAGACUGUGCCUCCGGUCUCUGUGGGGCUUCCACCACCCUCACUGACAUCCUCUUUGGGCUCUGGGAAGGGUCUCCUCGUGAGCCACAAGGACACUCCAGCUCUCCUAACAUUUCCAGGUUUGAAUCUAAUUAUUUAUUUCCCGGCACUGCACAAAUACACAUUUGAGUGCAAGUCAGUGGUGUGUAAGUGGGGGGAACGGGGACACCUGUAAUUGUAGAGAGUGAAUUUUUGUCUCCUUAUUAUUUUGAGAGUGAAUUUUACAUGAGAUGAUAUCCCAACUGAGCUAUCCAGGCUAUUAUUCUAAAUGCAUAAUUGAGCAUUACUUUAUUUGAUAUAACUUGUUUAUCUCAAUGAUGACUUAUUGGCAUCGGAUCAGACUGUUAUAGGAUGUGUGACUUUUGCUAUAUAUUUUGUUGUUUCCACGGCUUGUAAAGCGCUUUUAGUGCAGCAAUAUAGAAAGGCAGUAUACAAAUUAAAGUGAAAAGAGUGGGAGGGAAAAGAGAAGGAGAUCAUCUCGAACACCUAGCUGUCACAGUUGUGCAGGAUAUAGAACUUUUCACAGAGCAGCAUCUAUAGGACAGAGGGUAUUGUAUUUUUGGAAUGUACGUGAUCCUGUUAAGGGGCCCAGUGAAGAUGCAGAGAGGAGUUUCAACUGAUGCCGGGUUCAUUGCCUCGCAAAACAAAUAGUGUGGAACUGAGGCCAUCUGACUUCAUAAGUAGCCAUCCAAUACCCGAGUGAAGAACCAAAAGGGAAAUCCAAUCGCAUGCUGUGGAUCUUUGCUCUGACAGCUUUGGAGAAGUGACCCUUUGGAGAGAGAGGAGAGAGCGGCAAAAAUCACUUAACAAGCGCAAAGUUCAGGCUGCACAAAAGCUGCCUCCUGUUUGCCAAAAGGGGUUACAAAACAACAGAGUUCUUAGAACAGCAAGCGUGGUCAGUGAGACUCUGUGAUGCCAAAUUAAUAUUAUUAGUCUUUUUUUAAAAAAAAAAUCAAAAACCAUGGGAAAGGGCAGACUGGAGACAUUUUAUAAAAAUGUAUCCUGACCAGGCUGUUUCGCCACAGUCUCCCAUGAAGUUAGAUGCACAAUGUCCACAUGUGCUGAAACCUCAGAUGAACCCUGCACAUGACAUACAGUGUCUACCUACCGUCUCCAGGUGGACUUGAAUCGAGGCCCUGCGCUGCAGGCUGCCAAAGCGAUGUAAUGUUUGAAUCAGUAUUUCAUCAGCUGAACAAAGGUGAAGCCUAAAAGGUACUCUCGGGUGAUUAUUUCUCAGUGAUCGUAGCAGCCAGCGCAGUUCGAGAUCAAAAGUUUUAAAAGAGGAGUUAGCAUGAUUAUGGGUAGGACUCUGGUGCUUGGUGGACUAGGGCCACUGACCAUCUCUCCCAUCACCCAGUGAACCUGAUAAUUAUCUAGUGAUCGGUAAACCACACAUGUGAAUUGCUCCAGAUGUGCUGAUUGCUCCCAACACAUUAUAGUCAGGAUUUAAAGAGCUGCUUAGUUUCAUGCUAUGGAUUUCAGAUUUCCCCCUCUGCUUGAAGAAUGGAAAGUAUGCCUUAAAAGAAGUAAUGUUAGUGAGUCCUCGAUAUAAGCAGAAACAUAAUCUUGGUUGCAUUCCUCUUGAAUUGUCAUUUUUGAACAUAUUUUGUGGGGGGAAGAGAUGUAUCAGAGAUAUAGGGUAAAGCUAUACUAGAUUAGAUACCCAAAUAACUAUGCCGAAGGUCCUCUGAGUCUCUUGUCAUUGGUUCUGGAUACACUGCUUUUACCUUGUGUUCACAUUCUUAUCAGUAGUCAACAGGAAAAGUUAGCCGUGGCUAUUUCUAAAAUUAAAUGGGAAGGAGGCUAUUUCCGAGCUUAUUAGUCCUUCCUGUAAUAAUACUGAUUUACAUACAGGGAGAACUCCUCAAGCUAUUUCUAUCAGCUACAUUCCACAAGAAUGGGCAGAAACAUUCUUGAAUGACAACGUUUUGCUUCAUGUUCUCUGGUUUCUCAGCCCUGUCUUCCUUAUGAAAGUUAUCUUUCCCAUCUUUAGGUGACCAUCUCCCUUGUCACCUCAGCUGCGAUAUAUUUAUUUCAAAGACAUCUGUACUGCUUUUCAGGAUGGUUACUUCCCAAAGUAGUUUAGAACAGGUGAACUGCACAAAAGCCGCCCUCAAUAAGAUACAACAAUAAAGAUGUAAGAUCCCUUGAUUGUCAACCAGAACAGAGGUCCAGAACAGAGGAGAUAUUUUAUUAAGAUUUGAAACGCAUGGAGAUGCCAACAUUUUGGGGGCCUGUGGACACACUUGAAAUCUUGAGUGUGUGCUGUGGGCCCUGUCUCCUCUGAUUGCUUCCCUCAUCCUUCCUCAAAAGUUAGAAAGAAAACAUCACACACACACACACACACACGAAAUAGUUCACUGGGGUAAAAGUUUGAUCCAGUAGAAUUAAUCAGAUCUUCAUAAAUUUCCGUGAUUAUACAUGGAGUCCCCUUCAGAAACAAACAAUCCAGUUAAAGCUUGUAAACUAUACAGUAAAAAAACCCACAGAUUCGGAGCCUGCCAGCACCAUAAAAAUAUUCAUUCAAGGCACUGAACUUUACAUAAGAGGACCACAAAACCACCAGCAAAUCAAAGAACACAUCUGUGAAAACAGAGAUAACGAUGAUCUGAUAGUGGUUUUGAGGGGUUCAAUCUCUUAUAAAAAGUGUGAAGACCUGCAAGGACCAGUGACUUGGAUCCAUGCUUUUGCACUAAAGGAGGCCUGGAAAGGGCUGGAUCCAUAUCUGUGGUUCAUUCAAGGGACACAGAUGCAACCUGCAAUUUGAGGGCCAUGAUUUUGAGGGGAAACCCAUGAAAAAUUGAAAAAUUGCAAGAGGGACCGAUUGGCUGGAAUUGACAUGCAUGUGCACACAGCACAUGGCCUUUCUGUCCUGUGCACACCAUCCUUUAUUCAGCCUAACUUGUGCAGUGCCCCACUUUUGUCGCCUGCCUCCUUCCCCUGCCCCUCCAUUCCCCAGCCCAGACUUCCAGAUCACUCUGUUUUCCCCCUUUGCAUUGCUCCGUACUUGCCAAGGCACAGAGAGAUGAAAGAGCUCCUUGAGCUCAGUGUACUUUUCAAGAAGGAAAAAAGGCCCUGUGGGUUGACAAUAAUGGGACCUUACUUUCUCCAUUUCAGAAGGAAAGGGUUGGGGAUGAGGAACCAGAAGCUUCGCUGGCACGAGGGAACAUUCUCAAGGGCACAACAGAGCCCACAGGUGUCUGAUUGGCAACCCCAGAGAUAGAGAAUAUAUUUAGCCCUAGCUGAAAGCCCUUCCAGUUUGCCAUUUUAAAGUCUCCCCUGAAAAUUGUUCAUUGCUUUGACUCUUGACAAAUGUCUCUUUGGAAAGAGCUAAUAAAAAAAAAUAGCUCUGUUUGCUAAAGUUUAAUAGCCACACAGUGACCUCACUGCUGAGGUUGAAUCAAUUCUAGAUUAUCCACUCUGGAGGUAUUAUUAAGGGGUUUCCAAGAUGCCCUUGAAUGACCGUUGCACAAAUUUCCUUUAAUUAAAGUAUUAAACUGUGUGGGAACUGUGUGUCCAGAUGUGUAUUACUGAAGCAGACACUUAAACAGUUAUAUUAUCUUGGAGCAAUAUGCUUUUGGUUUGCUGAUUUGUCAUAUAAAUGCUUUGACACUAAAGACACAGGGGGAGAACGUGGCUAUCCAGUCAUUUGACUCAGACCAGAUUUUUGUGACACAGCAAACCACCUCAUCACUCAUCUCUGACAUGUCAAGGCAUCCACACAACUAGUCAUUAUCGCAAUAGGGAGCCCUAGUGACCUUUGUGUCACCGUUUGUGUCUGAAAAGGAAGAAAAAAAUGAAUAAUUAUUGCAUAGAGAGAAGGCAAAUUAUACCCAUUUAUAUUUAUGUUCCUAACAGUCAUAUGCUAGAAUAUGCAAGUCAUAUUUCAUUGAUGAAAUGGUUUGGGUACUUGCAAGUUACACCACUGGAAGUUGCGUUAAGUGCACAGAGAUUUAUUUCUAAACGAGCAUACAGUAGAUUAUUCUUUAAAAAAAAAACUUGACAAGUUUAUGAUGUUCUGCAGGAUUCAAACCUCCCAGUUGUGUUACUAGCAGCUAAAAUAUGCUGCAGUAAUUACAUAUGAUUAUAUUGUUGUCCUGGAAUGCUGCAGGGCCCGAAAAGACAGUUUGCGUGAGGCUAAAGUUUAAUGAAACACUGUCCAACCGAAGGUUCCUAGAUUAUUUAAGGGUGAACUGAAGCCAAGCAAGCGUUGCAGUGACCCAGCAAGAGGAAGCCAAGCCAUACAAUAGGAGAGGAGGUUUGCCUCCAGAUCUCCUUUGCUAUGUCUCUGGUCCUUUUGAACAUCCUUCUUUGCCACUUAGAGCUAGUACACAGAAUUCUAGAGUUGGUUCUCAAAGUGCCGUAUUUUUCGCUCCAUAAGAUGCAUUUUUUUCUUCCUAAAAAGUAAGGGGAAAUGUCUGCGCGUCUUAUGGAGCGAAUGCGUGGUCCCUGGAGCCGAAUUGCCCAGGGGUGAAAAGCAGAUCAUGCUUCUUCUUCCUUUGAAAGAGGGAAGUGGGUGUUUGAAACAAAGCCGCUGAUCGGCAAGUGAUCGGGGAGGGAGAUAAGGGACACUAGCAAUAAAGGAGGCUGCUUGGGAUGGAGGAGGUAAAGACAGCGAACUUGCAAGGAGAGGAGACAGGAAGGCUAAAGCAAUGAGGAGAGAAAUUAGAAGAAAAGGAGGAGCAAAAAAACUGCUCCAGCUAAGGAAAAGACACUAAGACAAACGAGAGGGAAGGGAGUGUUGAAAGGAAGCAGCUGAUUGGCAAGUGAUCGGGGAGGGAGAUAAGGGACGCUAGUGAUAAAAGAGACUGCCUGGGAGGGGGGAGGUAAAAGCCCAUGGAUCCUCAGGAUUUUUGCAUUGGGUCACCCCAAAUUCACCAUCAGAUCACAUAGCAUGUCCAUGGCUACAGCCUGCACCAAAAAACCACGCAUCCACUGUUUCGUGGCGCCGCAAUGGUGCAAAAAUGUGGUUACAAAGCACGGAUCCACAUGGAUCCUCAGGAUUUUUGCAUUGGGUCACCCCAAAUUCACCAUCAGAUCACAUAGCAUGUCCAUAGCUAUAGCAUGAACCACAAAAAUCAUACAUCCACUGUUUCAUUCAGAAUAUUUUUUUUCUUGUUUUCUUCCUCUAAAAACUAGGUGCGUCUUAUGGUCAGGUGUGUCUUAUGGAACGAAAAAUACAGCAUUUUUUCCUCUCCUUUCCUCAUAGUCACCUCCAAUCUUUCAGAGCAAGUUUCUUCAGCCAGCUCAGCCUCUUUCUAAUAUAUAUAUAUAUAUAUAUAUAUAUAUAUAUAUAUAUAUAUAUAUAACAGGUAUGGAAAUAUCAGUGCUGUAGCCUUUUAGCAGGUCUUGUAACAUUACCCCCACCUCUUAUUCCUUUAACCAAGUAGCAUCCUCUGGUCUGUUUUACCAUAGCCCUCCCUUUUUCCUUUUUUAAAUAAAGAUGAGAAUAGUAAAGGAUAUCUCAGAGAACAGACUGACUGAAUAACUCACUCUCACCCCAUGUUGCCUCUUAAUACUUCGAAUUAUAGCAGAAGACUGCGGCGUUGCACCUUUCUUUUUUAGAAAUUAAAAUUCCACCUUUGCCUUCCAUGGCAGUAUUCCAAGAAUGCUGUUGAAAUAUUCGCUUGAAACUUAAAAUGGCUUGGGACCAGAGGAACUGAACCACCUGUUCCCUUAUGAACCUUCCCAGCUUCUAAGAUCGUGCUCAGAAGUCCUUGGGCUGUCCAAGACAUUUUUACUGCCUGAGAAGGAGCAGCAAAUCCAAACACACACAGAGAGAAGUCAAGGCUCACCAAGUUACUUGGGCACCUGAGGCAGAAAAUCUCAUAAGCACCUUUCCUAGGGGUAAACAGAUGGUACACAGCAGAGCUUCUGCACCUCCUUCCAGCUACUCCUGCAGGCAAGCUGGGCCUGAACGUCUUGCUCUGCUUUCCUUUGGACCACAUCAGCAAAGCUGAGAGAGAGGUCUUGUCAUCUGGGCAGCCCUGGACUUCCAGACAUAUUGCCCAGGCUUUGGUGAUGCUAAGGCCUCUCCUCCUUCCGGAGGGGAGGUGUUGUGGGUGGGACACGGUUCCAGAGUCACGCAGGGGGCGUUAUGCCCCCUGCCCCUCUCACCUGUCUGGCGCGCCAGGCCCCCGGUUGAGCACCCAACCGGGCGGCUUGGUGGGGGCGUGAUUUGCUGCUCAAGAUGCAGCUGCGCUAGCCAUUCUGCGCAUUUCCUCACCUUUUCUCCGCGAGUCACCCAACCCACCAGUCCCUUAGGGCUUAGCUUUUCUCUUGACCUUGCUAUGGAUCUAUGGUUGGUCGCCCAGGUUGCCCAGGGGGCCUGGUAGGAAUGUUUUCCAACUGGCAAAUUGGCACCGGCCUUUUGGUUUUUUCCGCCUACCUCGUAGCAAUCGUCACAACUUUCUUGGUAUUUGGCAGUUAGGCACUGGAAUGUGUUGUUGGUGUGUGGAAGGGCAAGGUGUGGCCAUCGCCUACCCCUUCAAAUUUGGGUAUUCUGUUAAAGGAAUCCGGCGGUCGUGGAUCCUGUCCGAUGCCUGUGUGGCGGAGGCCAUGGCACGACCCUCGGUGACAUCAGGGGAGAGCUUAUAGUUGUAUUUGCAUCAACAGGCACCCCCUACUGGUGGUUAACCCCUCUUCAGACUCACCCCUCUCUGAGUGGGUGGAGUCAAUCUUCCGUGGUCCAAUGCCUAAGCCAAUACCUUCUCACUUGCUGUAAGCAAUAAAGUUGUGGACUUUUCUUGCCCAUUAACCUUAUACACUGUGUCCACGUGUCUUUAUUCCUCCAAGCGGGGAUCAGGUCCUCGAACCACAACACAGCUGUUUGACUUCACCCUCGGAGACGCAUUCCAUUGUCUCUCAAAACAGACAGAUGCCAACAUCAGCAGCAGAGGGUUUUGUUUUUUUGUUUCCAACGCAGCACAUGCACACACAAAUAAAAAUGGUACAGAACAGAAAGAUGGUGCCAGGCAAAUCUCCCUGAGGAGCCAAAAUUGGGGUGCAACAACAGAAAAGGCCCUUAUGGUGGCAUUUCUGCCCUGCGGAUGCAUUUUAUUCAGGUAGAUCAUAACUGGACAUAUCCACCCAUUCGACCACGGACUUUAGCCAGAAAACUCUUGAAUGCCUUAGGCAGCUUCAUAUUCACACUCUCCCUGAGAGACUAAAAUAGGGGGGGGGGAGCUUGAUUUCACUGUAAAGUAAGUUUUGCCUUCCUUUGAACCUCCUUUUGUUGCCAAGAUCCCGUCUGUUCUAUAUCCAUACAAAACGUAUAAAAAGCCACCGACACAGACUUCGAUGCUGCCAAGCUGGCUGCAAUAGGAACCCUGGGAGCCACACCAAGUUUGCUCCAAAUGGGCUCUCGGGGGGGGGGGGGCACUGUAGUCCCAGUCUGUUUGGCUUUUCAUUGGCUGCUGUGGAAUCACCUCAUCGGCAGCUGGGAUGAAUCCAAUGGCCAAGGUUAGGGCACUGAACUAAACAAGACUUAGGAAUUCAGAGCAGUGGGAGACAGGACAGGAACUCCAAUGUCUUUUAUUGUUGGUGAACGGAAGGUGCCACACAGACACAGCAAGAUGCUAAGUGCAAGCGAAGGUUUACUGCAACAGGAAAUAAUCUUUGGCAAAACAAAUGUGAUGUUUUCAAACCACGAGGGUUUCAAGCUGCCUAGAAGCCAGGCGCUGCAAUUCCAGUUGUUUGUGUAUAUAUCUAGAAAGACACAUUUACUCUGUGCAGAGAAAGGCUCUCCGCAGGUGUUUAAUCCUCGCAUUUACAUUCUGGCUCUGAAAAACAUACAUCUAGGAUUCUGAGCCUCCUUAGGCUUACACAAGGAAUUUGCACGAGCACAGUGAUUUUUUUUACUUUUCCAUUGAAGAGCCGGUGCCCUUAUGCACACUAUACAGUGGUACCUCAGCUUACAUACUCUUCAGGUUACAUACACUUCAGGUUACAGACUCCGCUAACCCAGAAAUAAUGCUUCAGUUUAAGAACUUUGCUUCAGGAUGAGAACAGAAAUCGUGCUCUGGCGGCGCAGCGGCAGCAGGAGGCCCCAUUAGCUAAAGUGGUGCUUCAGGUUAAGAACAGCUUCAGGUUAAGAACCGACCUCCGGAACGAAUUUAGUAAUUAACCUGAGGUACAACUGUAUUGCUUUUGAAGUUAUCCAUUCCUUAAGCAGUAUGCCAUGUUUCCUCAACCUUGGCCCUCCAGAUGUUUUGAGACUACAGUUCCCAUCAUCCCUGACCACUGGCCCUGCUAGCUAGGGAUCAUGGGAGUUGUAGGCCAAAAACAUCUGGAGGGCCAAGGCUGAGGAAGCCUGCAGUAUGCCAUGUGACACCUGAAGCAGCUAUUCGAGACAAGUCUAAAGUUCCCUUGGGCUCACACAACAUGCUACAAAGCUGUUUGUUUGUUUGUUUUGGAAUAUAGGCAGGUUUCAGAUUCCUAAACUCAAAUUUAGCCUCACCCUUAUAAUGUUCUGUCUUUUGCAGUAUCUAUACUCAGAAGGUUUAUUAGCAUAGUAAAAGAAAAGAAAGAAAUCAGCAUGAUGUGUAUCUGAUGUUGGGGCAGAGUUGCCCACUAACAGAACCUUGCCAGAUUCUGCUCUUAUGUUGUGCCUUGAUAUUUGAAGCAUAAAAGAAGGAAGAAAAGGAGAGAGCUGGCUGCAAGGAAUUGGCAACCAGAACUUAAGCACAGCUCAGACAUUAGUAGGCUACAAAGGCUGCUUUUCUGAAGCUGCCUAUUGUUCCCAAAGAGCCAUGGAUUCAUUACUAACCCAAAUUUAUUCCCCGAGUAGAGAAAAGGGUAAGAUUGUAAAUGAAGGCAAUCUCCUCUUCCUGUCCCAAACAUUAACAAGCACUCCUCUCCACUCUGCCUGCAAGGUUACAAUAAGUCCUUCUGUAUUUAUUCAUUUAGUUAUGUACUGUAUUUGGAAGUUUAGGACACGGCUAAUAGGAAGUAGUUUGUGCACUUCUGUAGCCAUUGAAGAGAGCACAGAAGAUUUAAGCAGUUAUUUCAUCUGCUGGAAGUAGGUUUCUAAAGGACUAAAACCAGACAUCUCAGGAUGCAGAGAACACUACCACCUUGUGUUUAAACCGAGGUAACGCUCCAGCUUGUAAUGUUUCGGACCAGUUUGAAUCUCAGAAGCCAGAACACCAAGAGGGAUCGCUGCGCAGUGAAAGCAGUAAUCUCUCUUGCUGUUCUGGCUUCUGGGAUAGCUGCGCAGCCUGCAUUCGCUCCAUAAGACGCACACACAUUUCCCCUUACUUUUUAGGAGGGAAAAAGUGAGUCUUAUAGAGCAAAAAUACGGUAGUUCCUUGCCUUGGACAAGAAACUGGUCUUCACUCAGUAAUUCUAUACAAGUACUAGUGAUAAGUAUAAUAAUUAUCAUGCAAAUGCAGUUUAAGUGGAGUAACAAAUUUUAAUAAUGCAUUACACCUCAGUACUUGGAUGGUAUUCUCAACAGGGGAAUCAAAAUGUUUCUAACGCUUUGCAAAUCAAAUUGCUGGAUUUUGCAAAUCAAACACGCCCCAGAGCAUUAAUAAAACUUAGAAAAGUGAAGUCGUAACUUUAGAUAGUGUUCAAGCUGCAUCAUAACAAUAGAUUUUAGCUGUGGUCGUAGUUGAGCUUCUUCUUGUGUAUUGUUUCUGGAGUAACAUCUCAGUGAGCAAUAAUUACAUCAAUAAUCACUUAGCAGUUACAUUCAACACAGAGAAAAUGGAUUGAGCAUGAAAAGUAAGAAUGGAAAAAGUUGCCCCAACAAACAGAUCUGACAAAUGGUUGCAUGCUACUAUGUGCUCUUCAUGGCAAGUUGUGGUUUGUGGUUUUCGGGAAGAGUAGCACCCCACUGCCAAGGAACUCGCAAUUUGCUGCACCCUGCCUGGAGCGGAGAGCAACAAACCACGAGCCUUGGUUUUACAGUGGUGUCUUUUUUUCCAAGAGGGCCAGAUUUGAUGAAGUGAAGGGCCAUGAGGGCCGACCAAAGGAUUGAAGCUGUUGAGGGGUUUUAAAGGAUUUUACUCCAGGAAAUGAACUGCCACAGGGGCCGGAUUAAACCGACCUGCGGGCCGGAUUAGGCCCCCGGAACAGAUUUUGGACAUGCUUGGUUUAGCACCCACCCAACUGCAAGCCCUGGUUCUAACAUAAUGCCAAAUCGUGGCUCGUGGUUUGUGUGCUUCCAGCUCCAGACAGGAUGGAGGAAUGUGGAACGUUCAGCAGCUUAAAGAAGCACACUGCCUGUUUAGUGUAAGAUGGUGUGUACCGUCCUAGCAUAGGUUAGAUUAAUGAAAUUUUUGGGUUAGUAGUAGGUAAAAAAUACAUUCAGUACAGUGGUGCCUCGCAAGACGAAAUUAAUCCGUUCCGCGAGACUCUUCGUCUUGCGGUUUUUUCGUCUUGCGAAGCACGGCUAUUAGCGGCUUAGCGGCUAUUAGCGGCUUAGCGGCUAUUAACGGCUUAGCGGCUUUAAGAAAAAGGAAACAAACUCGCAAGAACUCGCAAGACGUUUCGUCUUGCGAAGCAAGCCCAUAGGGAAAUUCGUCUUGCGGAACGACUCAAAAAACGGAAAACUCUUUCGUCUUGCGCGUUUUUCGUCUUGCGAUGCAUUCGUCUUGCAAGGUACCACUGUAUUUUUUAAAAAAAACAGCACCACCACCUUUCUCAUCUUUUCAGCCUGCUGCUAGACUUCGCUAUUAAGAAUGCAGUUUUCAAGUUACCACCUAGCUAUCACCACCUUUCUCUCAAUAGGAACCAUUCUCAGAAAUAUUCAUUUCAUUGGCUGGUAAAGUACAAAUACAUCCUAAUAGUUUUGCUGAAACCAUUUUUAAUAAAAAAUAUAUGUUCUUGCUCCCAUGGCAUAUUGAAAAAUGUGUCCGAAACCUACAUGCCAUGAAACACACACACAACCACAAAUACGUCUGCAUGCAUUCCCUCCUAAUCACCCAAGUAUUUGCAAAGCCUUUUGUAAUUGAUAUAAAAUUGAAAAGUGGAAUAUUUGUUAGAGUAUGUUAAAUAAAUAUGCAAAAUCAAGUUCCAUCUUGCUAAAUGAUCAUGAAUAUUUUGAAGAAGUCCAGGUAAAGUCAGCUCAGGUAAAUUAUUAGUUAUAAAUGUUUUACUUUUAAAAACAUUAGAAAAAGGGAAAUGUCAUAAAUUCUAUUAUCCAAGGAUAAGAUAAUCCAGACUUGAGUAUGUUACAUCACAACAUUGUUUAUUAUGUGACUUUUUACAAUACAAACAAAAAUACAGAAAUGCAGUAUAUGAAUACAGCUAAAUGUAAAAUUGUGACUUUUCUCUCAAGAGGCCAUGAUUCUCUUUUCUAGUAGAAGACAGACUGCACACAGGUAGAAACAGGUUGGUAGUUAACUCCACAUUUUUUCCUAGAAAUGACCUAUAAAUGCAUUUUCCUGCUACUUACCAUAAAAUGUAAAAAGGGAGUUAAAGGAAAGGUUUUAUCAACUGGUUCCUACCAUAUGAAAGAAACUACAUUCUAUUUAGCAGGGCCAAUAUAUGGAAAAAUAUCUAAAUUAUAUGUUAUUACAAAAAUGAAGCAGUAAUGAAAUUAUUCUGGCUAGAGUAGUUACUAAAUGAGAAUAGCAUAUAUUUAAAGAAUCCAAAAAAAGUUGUUUUUUAAAAAAAGCUUUUAGGUGCCCCAUAAGCCUAUAAGUUUUGUUUUUCCAUGUGUAUUUUCAAACAACGGAAGUGUCAAAAAUAGGGUCAACUGUGUUAGACUAAAUUACAUUAUUAUAUAUGCUGCACUGAAUGGAAUUUUUUUUAUAAUAGAAGCAUAGUUCGUAUUAUAUUAUGGCAAUGUAUCCUUAUGGAAAACUUUCCCAAGUCCUUGUAUACUGGAAUAUCCUGUAAACAAAAUCAAACCACCAGAACAUGAUUGUACAACAGUAAAAUGUUAUUUUGCAGUAAAAUGACUUUUUUUUUCCUUUUUAUUUUAAAGGGGUAACUUAGAGCUGGUUUGUUUUCCUAAGUAUACAACACCCUAAAUAAUUCAAGGCAUCUCAAGUGCCCUCAAAAUUAACCAAAAAAAAAUUUUUUUUUUGUCAUGCUGUUAAAUCCAAAGAUAUGGACACAACUGGUGCAAGAUUGGUCAAACAGAUCCAACACACACAUGUCCAGGCUGGAAUAUUGGCAACUAAUACAUAACUGGUGGUCAUAAGUAUAUUUAAAAUAUCUUCCCUUUCUUCUUGUUCUUUUCCAAAGUUCUGUAAAAGAAGAAAAGGAAAAAUAAUUAUUCAGAUAUGUUUACGUAUGUGAUCUUCUGCUUGUUUAAGCGCAGCACAUUACUGUAAUUACCGCAUUCUUCAGCGCAUCAAGCAAACAGCGUAGGGGUCCCCAAACUUUCUGUGGGUAUUCACAUAAAAUUAAUGUCAUGCAGGGACUUGGCCAGUCACAAUAUGGCUGCCAUUGAAGGUGUAUUAUUGAAAGUGGCCCUCGCUCAUUUAUAUUGUGUUUGUGUGUUUCUGGGUACUGAGAGGGAGGAAACACGCAAACAAAACACGGACCUGCAGACCCCAGAGAAAAGGAAAAGCACAAGGGCACAGUCCCUAAGUGAAUAUGAAGCAAAAAGCAGAGGGAAGAGGGAGUAACAAAGCAGAAAUUCAACAAGGGCAUUUUCGCUGGCCAGGUUUAAUUCAAAUCCAUCAAACCUCCUUUGGGGAAGGUUCUCAGGCAGGGUGGAAGGAGAAAGAACUUGUCCAUGUGAAGAGCACCUGGUGGAAACCCUUACACAUAUGGCUCUUAAUUGUAAACUAUAUGCUGAUCUCCGUCAGCAAUUUCUAGAUCAACUCUGUACCCCCAAAUGGAAACCAGAGUUGGAGGUCAUACAUUUUCUAUUACUGGGGAAUGAUCAGGAGCUCACCAAGUUACUGGCUAAACAUCUCUUAUUUGGUUUUUUGUCGUCGAAAUACACUGCAGACGUCUGAUCUCCUUGGAGGCCUAGAGAUGUGAUGAUAGACUGCUCUGCCUCCUUUCUUUUAGCAAAUGUUUUGUGCCACUGGGGGAGUAGUAAUGAUGAUGAUGGUGGUGGUGACAAAGCAAAGGCCCUCAAAGAAGAGGGAAACUGAGCGCCAACUGACCCAGAGAGGAGCAAAGAGGAGAAAUACACAAACCAUUCCUUUCCUUCUCUCCAACUGGUUGCCUGUCCUCAACCUACCCCCACUUUCCCCAGCUAGGUUCAUCUUCUUCUCCUUUUCAUCUCAUCACAUUUUUUCUUCCUCCUAGUCACUCUUGUUUUCUACUGGGAGGGCAGCAAUCUUAGCCUGGAAAACUAGUGGAAUGAGGAAGGAGCAAUACUUUUCCCUCUUCUCUCCGAACUCUCCAUCUUUUCCAGGCCGAGAUAUACAUCUGCGAAGUAUAUUUACCAUGGCCAUUUUCCAGGAUAACUGUACAUGUGGAGCAGUUCAUAGCAAGGACAAAUAUGAUAUGUCACAGGCGUGUAAUAUGGCAUUUUACCAAAAUGAGCAGAGAUAACGUAGUUAAAUCUGAAGUGGGAGCUUCCCGUGAUAGCACAGAGCCAGAUGGUGGAGAAGCAGAAAAUGAGCUGGUGAGAGUGGUUUAGGAAGUACUGUUAUGAGCAGGGUUGUCAGUCCUAAGGAAGGAAUUGCAAGAAGUGGUUUGACAACAGAGGAGGAAUGGUGAUUCCAGGCAUAGAAUGGACAGAACGGAAAGUGGAACAGAAAUGGGAAAGGGUCAUGGGGAAUUUUCCCCUUCAACCAAGCAGCUUAAACAUUUCUAAGGGGCUGCUUCUGGUGAUACUGAUAUGGCCAAUAUGAUGCCCUGUUUCAGGAGCCCUUAGAAACAACAUAGGAUGUGGGGGUUGGCUGCGAGGAGAAAGGCAAACUGGUGAAAAUAGCCUCCUUCUCUUUUCUACUGACUGCAGCCUCUGCUGUAUCAAUGUGUCUUCCGACAGCAGAGGGACUCCACUGGGAUGCAACUCACAGGACUAUACACAGGUAAGCCAUUACUUGGAUGUGUUAUCGCUGAAAGGGAUUGUGCAGGAACAGGGUAUGAACUCCUGCGGUAGGACCUAAAAUCAGAACUCUUUCAGAAAGGACUGCAGUUACGACUCCAACGCACCUCGAAGAAUUCUGUUGUUCCAAAAUACGUUGCUGAGCUUCCCAGUUUGCCUUUUCGUCCUCGAACUGGCGGCGUUUUUCCUCUAAUUCCUUGUGUUGUGCCUCCAAGUUCUUUUUCAUCUGCUCAUGACGCCGCUGGAGCUAAGGAACAAGAAUGCAAAAGAUGGUAAGGUUUCUCAUCUGUGUUCAAGGGGUCCGUCAGAAAAUGAAAAAGAGAUCAGUGAUGUUGUAAGUAAAAAAUAGAUAAUAAAUGAGCACAUUGGGUUGGACCCAGACCACAUUACUUGCACUUAAUAACCACUGAACUCAGUGGAAGGUGAGCAAUGACUAACAUUUCAACUUUGAUUUUAGGAGGACCCAAAUGCAACUGACAAUCUGGAUCCAGCCCUGUAUUUAUUUUAUUUUUAACAGGCAUUUUAAUGUUAAACGCUAUUAUGUUCAGACCUUGGACAAAGCACUGUCUUAUUCUCACCCCUUCUCCUUUGUGAUCUAGUCUGACCUUUAAAUCAAGUUUCCCUACUGAAUAAUUUCCCUAUCUAUCCAAACAGGAAGAAAAAGCUGCUGUGGUAGGUAAGACCAAGCGUCAAACUGUGGCUGAACUCUACACUACGUACUGCCUGUUGCUUUUCAAGAUGAUAUUACAAUGGAUCUUAAUUUAGGAUGAAUUUUUUUUAAUCUCAGUUUAAGCAAUCACGACAAUCCUACAUUCUCGAAAGUUAUGGAUCUGAGUUUCUCUUGGCUUCACGGAAGAUCACUAUUUGAUACAUAACACGAGUUAAAAAGGUGCAUUCAGCUCAAGUUAUAUCAGUGUAAAAAUAAAAAUAUUGCCAUAAUGGUAAAAUCAUGGCCAAGAACUCCACAAUGUGAAAAGUCACAGGACAUGAUGUGCAUUUACAGUUGUUGGGCACACAGGACUAGGGAUUUAUUGAUCACCCACAUAUAUGUCCACUUGAGCUCAUCUAAUUUCCCCGGGAAUCCACUUACAGCUGAUUUUCUAUUGACUCACAGGGCUA